CCCAUGAUCACCAUGAGUACCUCACAACCUACCCUACAACCUGCAGUUUCGACACCUAGAUUACCGCCAGAACUCAUGGAUCAAAUAGUUGACGCUCUUUCCGAUGACGUCCACUCUCUCAGAACUUGCGCAUUGUCCUCUCGCCAACUCGUCCACCGCAGCCGCUAUCAACUAUUCCGCGCCAUACACUUCCCUUUCAUCAUAAUUUGGCUAUUUGAUCGCUGCAAAAUUUUCUUGGAGAAGUGCUGCAAUGUGGCACCACUUGUAAGGAGUCUUACCUUGAGUGGAAGACCUCUCCGCUACAUAGGCCCCUCUUGUACAAGGAUCCCCCCCGAACUGCAGCUGCCUAUGGCCUUUAGAAUGAUGAAGAACUUGACGUCCUUGCAUCUUGUCAUGGUGGAACUGGUCGGCGUUAAUAUCAUCUGGCCUGAAGUCGAGGAAUUGGAAAUGAAAGACUGUUCUGUGACGAAUCUUGGCACCUUUCUUGGCGGGUUCCACAAAUUAAAGAAGCUAAUGCUACGCGACGUAAAAAUUGCUACAAAGACAUCCUCAUCGUCUGAAGUUUCUCUUGACCUUGAAGAAUUAGCGAUUAUCCAUGGCAGGAAGUUCCCGGACAUGAAUACCAUCAUGUGCCUCCUCCCGCUCCUCCCCAUGCCACCUCGUAUUCGACGGCUUACCUAUCCACUUUACAUUCUGAAGGAGAACAUCCCACAAUAUGACGUGAUUCCUUAUAUGCACCUGGAUGAGUUAUUUCUAGUGGCAUCCUCCGAGCCAAGGAUACCCGUUCCGGAUAUCCAAAACAUUACCAGGCUUCGUUUGCUUGUGUACCCCCCCUGGCGCUGGGAUCCGGCGGAUGCAUGCAAAGAAUGCGACAGGCUAACAGAUUGGCUCGUACACCUGCUACACAAAGCCCAAGGCGGGUGCUUAAAGGAGCUCGAAUUCGAGUACUACCUGUUUGGCACAUCUGGGAGUCCGGACAAGUGGGCAGAGCUCGAUAGAAUUCUAUCGAAGAUGGAAUUGAGCAAGGUUGACCUCGUGUUCAACGUACCCCCAGAAGAGUUGCAGACAGAAGAAGGAGAGAAAUCCGAGUGGCCGUUCUGGAAAGAGGAAUUGAUGAUCAAGAACGCUGUGUACUUUGAACAAGUUAAAAGGGGCAGGUGGUUGAGAGUCUCCAGAGGAUACCGGAGUUAAGUGUGUAUGUUUGCUACUAUCUAGA